AUGCCAUCAAAAUUCAUCUUGCUCUAAUUACUCUAAGUUGUCUAUCUUCAACUUCUUGAAAAUACUUAAUUCAUCCUUGAAAAUGAAUACAUCCAAACAAAUUUAGCCAUCAUUGUCAUUCCCUACGAUAUUGACAUAUCCAAGCAAUAUCAAACAUUAUCAUUAGUCCAAGAAUACAACCUUACUGAAGAAUAUAAGUAGCCUCUGAUCUCACCCUAGACAAAAUUAUAUUCAUUAAUAAAAUCUAAUAAUCAAGAUAUUGAUAUUGUUUAAUUGGAAGAUCAGAAACUUUCAUUUUUGUAUACAAUUAAGAACUACCUCUCAAAUAAUUAAUUAGUUAUUCAACCUAAAAAAUACUCAAUUUAAUUAAAUUAACAAAAUUGUUUCUCAUUGCAUUAUCUAAAUCAGGAAUUCUACAUGUUAAUUUGCAAAAUGCAAGAAACUAAGAUCAUAAUAUAAAUACUUAAUUUGAAUCAAUAAUCUAUGGAAUAAAACUUUACUAUAAAAAACUUAACUGUUUUAGACUACAAUCCUAUUUGUCAAAUAGAUUCUAAAUUUAUGUUUUCAUUGCUUGUAAUAUUUGAGAAAAAUUGUUCAAAUUCAUCAUUUACAAAUUAUUUUAUUGAUAUAAAUCAUUAAAAAAUUAUCAAUUAAACUAAUUUAAACAUGAAUAAUUACAAUAAAUCUAAUGAAUUCAUUAUUAACAUUGAAAUAUGCUCCUCAAAUAUUUUAAGGAUAUUGACUCAAAAUCAAAUACUAAUAUUAAAUCUUUAAACUCCUGAAUUUUCUCUCUAUCAAGUUGCAUUAGUAACAAAUUUUUCUAAUACUUUUAUUAAUAAAUGUACAUUAUAAUAAUUGUCAUUUCAAUUAGAAAUCAAAAAUAAUUAAUUAAUAUUGGAUUAAAAUAAAAUAAACAUAAGUAGUGAAGGUUUCAUUUAAGCAAUUCUUGCAAAUAAAAUAUUAAUUUUACAUAAAAAGGAUUAAGUAAUAGUAUAUUUCGAUUAAGAUAUAUAGAUUAUAAUAAAAUAAUCAUUUUAAUAGUUUUUUAGUUUAUCAAACUUACCAUUUGUUUUAGGGGUUAAAGAAAAUGGGGAACUAUUAGCAUAUAAAAUUAGGAUUCCUAAAUAAAGUUAUACACAUUUAAAUUCAAGCAAAAUUCAAAUUUUAUAGUUUUCAAGAAACACUAGAUUGUUAAAUUAAAUAAUUUCUUCAAAGAUUUUAGAUAUUCAAGUAAUAUCUGAAAGAUCACCAAAAUUAUUCAUUUCUGAAUAAAAAGAGUUCUUUUAAGUAUUCAAAGGUUCUAGAAUUUUAUUUUUCUAAUCUAAAUUACAAAUUUCUCUUCCUUUACAAGUAAAAUCAAUAUAAGUAAAUGGAAAAUCAAUCAAUUUUAAGAUAGAAACAUAAUAAUUAAAUUGCCAUAUAGAUAUUAGAGAUCUAGAAUAAUUAUUUAUCAUGAAUUUAAAGGAUGAUUCACAUCUUAUUUUGUUUAUUAAAAAUAAUACGACUCAAUUAAUUGUAGCUUUAUGCUUUUAAGAAAGAUUGUCAAUAAUUAAGAAAAUUAGAAUCAAACAUGGAUUUAUAAAAAUAUUCAUUUUUAAUACUUAAUGCUUCUUUCUUGUUCAACAAAAUUCAUUUAAAAUAUAUUAUUACGAAAAUAUGUAAUUGAAUGAAAGAUCUUAUCUCUUUUAUCUUCAAAUAAUUGAUGCAAAUAUGGUAGAUUAAAUAAAGUUAAUUUGUCUUGUAUUCAAAGAUUGUACUUAAUAAUGUUAUUAUACUGAUAUCAAUGAAGAUUCACCUUUCUUUUAGAUCUAGUCCUCAAAAUUAGAAUGUAAUGGCAACAAGUAAUUAAUUACUGAAUUUUUGUUUAUUGGUGAACAUGAGUUAUUCUUUUAUAACAAAUUAUCAUAUUAAGAAUAAUUAAUACUUCAAGAAACAAUUAUUAAAGCUGAAGUUAUAUUACAUCAUUUUUUGAUUCUGUUAUUUACCACACAUGAAAGUAAGUUAAAAAUAAAGAAAUAUAGUUUUAACAAUAAUGAAUUAUAAUUUUUAUAUGAUAUUCCUUUGUAUACAUUCAGUUUAAGGAAUCCAUUAACUUAUAAAGUAUAAGGCAAAUUUCUAAUGAUAUUAGCAGAAACCUCUUCCUUAUCCCCUGUUUUAUUAAUUUAUAAUUUUUAAAAUACUGGAGUUAAUUCCCUUAUUAAAGUUAUUGAAUUAGAUAAAGACCAAAUACAUUUUGAUUUCAUAUAUGGAGAUGGGAUGGCUUUUUAUUAUUUUUAUUAAAAUGCCAUUUAAAUAAGAGAAUUAGAUAUUAUUUCAGUUAUCUUUGAGAAUGAAUUUGUAUCUACAAAUGUAUUCAAUAAAUUUGAUUUUUUAUUCACUUUUGAAACUCCUAUUUCAAAUGAAAUUGUUAAUACAAAUCAUUCAUAUACAUGUUUCAAUGAUGAUUACUAGAUUAGAUUAAUUUAGAAUGAUACUCGAAGUUUAAACUCAAAAAAUGUUUUGGAUAUGUCAAAUAUAAUUAGUAAUAUUAAUUCAAUUGAAGUUGUUCAACAUAAUUAUUAUUUACUAAUUCCACCUUUAGUAUUUACUUCUGACAAAAUGAUUUGCAAAUUUUAUUAAAAUAAAUGUUGUAUUAAUGAAUCUGAAAUAAUAUGCUGGUUAAAGAAUGAAAGGUUCAUUUAAGAAAAAGAUGUCUUAAUCUAAAAUUAUCUCAUGAUUGAUUGUAAUGAAAAUCAAUAUGAAUGCACUAUUAUGUAUAACUUCAACUAUUUCAUUUAUCUUAUGAUUAUUAUAUUUCAAAAAGAUCAAUAGUCCAAUAAAAUUUUAAUAAUUUAAUAAAAUAAUAAUUCAAAGGCUCCUUUUCAUGAAGCAAAUGAUAUUGAUAUUAGAUUUUAUAAUAGAGAUCUAAUAAUGUUUGGAUCAGAAGGACAAAAAAAGAUUUUUGUUUAUUCAAGACUUAACAUAAAAUAAUAUAUUAGUUUUAAUUAUUCUAAACUAUAAAAUGAGUUUCUUUAGAUAAAGAGAAUUAAAGAUAAUAAUUAUAUCUGUUUAUACUAAUAUGAGAAUUAAAUACUUUAUACCAUCAUUACAAUUAAUGAUAAUAAUCAAAAUUAAAAACAAUAAGAUUUAUAUUAUAAGGAAUUAAUUGUUGAUUAGACAUGCUUUUCUUUUGAAGAUUUAGCAAAUAUCUUGAAUGUACCCUUAAAGAAAUUUUAGAUUAAAAGUAAGAUAAUCCAAAUUAGUGAAUUCAAUUUUGUCAACGAUAUUAUAAUGAUUGAAUUACUAAUAUUGUUUGAAUAAUAACUUGGUUUCAUUCUUCAAUUAAAAAUUGAUAUCAAUAAAUAAGAGAAAUGUUAUUUCGAUAUUCUAUAAAUUAUAAGGUAUCCAAUUAACUCUUAUUUAAAUCUACUAUUAUAUAUUAAUAAUGAUUUUAUAAUAAUGUCAAUUACUUAAUUUGAAAAUAAAAAUAUAAUUCUAUAUGAUAGGUUUUAAGGUCAAACAGUAUCAUUGAUCCAUUCAAUCUACAUGUUACCUGAUAAUAAUUAUUCAAAAAUAGGUAUUAUUUUUAUUUAUAUUAUAGAAAAUUUCAACAAUACUCAUUUUUCUCUAAUUCAACAAGGUAAUUAAAUUUAAGAAGUCUAAAUUAUAUCUAUUUCAAAAUAUAAAUUAGAAUUUCUUAAUGAAUCCAAUUCAAUAGCCACUUUAAUAUUAAAGAAUGAGGUAUCAAAUUUUACUAUUACUGUUCAAAAUAUUAACAUUAAAAUUCCUCUCAAUUAUAAUAUAAGAUUAAUCAUAACAAUAAUUAAUGUUUUAUUAAUUUAAUUUUUUCUAUUAUUAAGAAAGAAAUAAAAGAAUAAUGCUCCAAAAAAAUGA